AUGUCUCGAAUGCGAAUACUAGCGCUCCACGGGAUGGGCUGCUCCGCCAAAAUCUUGCGCGCCCAGCUCUCCGCCUUCAUCCGCGCCGUGGACGACUACUACGAAAUUGGCUAUGCUCCAUCAGACAUUCUCGAAUCCCACAAAUGUCUCCGCAAAGUUAUUUCCAAACACGGACCUUUUGAUGGUGUCCUCGGCUUCAGUCAGGGCGGGGCAAUAGCACUUGCCUACCUAUACCAUCAACAACAGGAUGGAUUUACCCCGGACUUUAAAUUCGCCAUUUUCCUUUCCACCAUCGUACCCUUUUCGGCCGAUUGCCGCACGCUUGAGAAAGCAGCUCAACACCUCUGCGACCCUUUGCGAAACCCGCUGCCCCGAGAAUCACACCAACAUCGAUUAGCAUCCGAGUUGCGGGACGUCCUUCUGCAUAUAUUCACAGUCUCGUGUAGCAUCGGCGCCACGGCGGCCGGCUACGACAACAAUUACUUCUUCCGACCAGGCGCCGACCCUGCGGAGGUACCGCGCCCAUUGCACCCCCGCCUCAUCUGCUUGGCCGAUGACGCAAAGACUCCCGCCGAUUUAAACACGAGGCUCGCAAUACCGACCGUGCACGCCCACGGCCGAAGGGACUUUGUAUACAUGAGGGAGUCCGCCGAGGCUGUGCGAGAGUUGUGCGAGCCUCGCCUGGCCAGGUUUCUAAUGCACUCGGGGGGUCAUUCGCCCCCGCAGAGGCCAGAUGAGGUCGCGGCGCUGGCACAAGCCGUCCACCGAGCCGUAAGGCAGUACUAUGAGAUUGCCCAUUUGUGA